AUGUCUGUUAUAGAAGAAUAUCAUUUAAGUGAGGAAAAUUUUUCUGAUGAUUUAGAUAACGAUUUUGAUAAUUUAUCAAGUUCUGAAGAUGUUCCGAAUUCUCUUAAUGGCUCACCAAUAAACCACAACCCAGAAAUUCAGCGCCCUGCGGAUGCAAAUAAUUUAUUAGAUAAAACCAAUAAUCAGUUAUCAACAUUAUAUGAAGAGAAUGAUGUAGAUGCAUAUUUUAAAGAAUUUCAAAACAUGUGCAAAAUCAUUGAGAAAAAUAUCAACAUAUUAGAAUAUCCUAGUAAUUUAAGGAAUGUCAGUGAAGAACAAAACCAUAUUAGUAUGUUACUUGAGAAUUCACAAACAAAUGAUUUUGUAUCUUUAAUAUCUAUUUUAAAUGAUAUUUUAUCAUUCAUUAGAAUCGGUAUCGAAUCAUUACAUGCUUUUAUAAUAGAGAAAUAUAAUAGGAAAUUUCCUGAAUUAGAAGCAUUAAUUCCAAAUUUGAUAGAAUUUGCGAAUUGUAUAAAAGUACUAGAAACAACUGAAAAUUUCACGGAUUCAAAUAUAUCAUUAUUAUUAUCUAGUGAUGCCCAUUUAACUAAAGAACAAAUAAUGAUAUUGACAAUGACAAUGAAGACUGGAUUUAAUAAAUCCUAUAAAUAUGAUAUACAAGAGAAGGAACAAAUAUUGGAAGCCUGUGAUCACACUAGUAAAUUAAACGAGAUCAUUGAUGUUAUUAAUAAUUACUUAAGUGUCAAUGUGCAUUUAAUUGCCCCCAAUUUAACGGCAUUGAUUGGAUCAAAAGUAGCAUCUCUAUUAAUUGCUCAUGCUGGAGGCAUACUUGAAUUAAGCGAGGUUCCUAGUUGUAAUCUAGCAUCUAUUGGCAAAAAAAAAUAUCAAACACAUACACACCACGCACAUUUCAAUGGAGUUAGACAAGAAGGUUAUAUUUACCAUUCUGACUUAAUCCAGAAACAAGAUAUAGGUACCCAUAAACAGAUGCUGCGAAUGGUUUGUGCAAAGAUUGCUUUAGCAGCUCGUGUAGAUGCCAGUCAAAUGAAUAAUAUAAACAAAAACAUGGAAAGGAAUUCAAGUUUGGGUAUUAAAUGGAGAGAUGAGAUUAUUAAAAAGAUUCGAAAGUUACAUGAAACGCCUAUCAUUGCGAGUUGUAAAGCCUUACCUAUACCUGAAGAUAAACCUAAAAAAAGAAGAGCUGGUAGAAAAUAUAGAAGAUAUAAAGAGCAAUAUAAGAUGUCUCAUUUACGUCAAUUACAAAACCGGAUUGAAUUUGGUAAGCAAGAAGAUACCAUAUUGGAUGCGUUUGGUGAAGAAGUUGGUUUAGGUAUGAGUAAAAGUUCAUUACAAGGAAUUACUAAAACUUCGAAAUAUAGUGUUAUAAGUAAAGUUAAUAACAAUGCUAAAUUGACAAAGGCGAUGAAAUCACGUAUAAAGGAAGCUAAUGAACAGUCUAAUGAAUACUUUUUAAUGCUAACUAAUUCGAGUCAAUUGGACUCUACAGAUGAACAACAAAUGUCUAAUGAUACCAAAUUACAGAGUGCCAAAUCUAACAAUUGGUACUCGCAUCAUCUAUAA